ACAUAUUAAAAAAAAAGACGACAAAGUCGUCAUUAGGCUCUCUAAUCUGUCACAUUAAUUUUGUGUUGUUUGUGUUCAUCUUGCAAAUAUUUUGUUUUUCUACUUAAUAUCUGCGAGAACCAUUUGAGCGUAAUAUAUAAUGGAAACAUAAGAUAACAAGUACACAAAUAAGCAACGACAUGGUUGUUUCACCACAAAGUCCUGCCAGCGAAACUGUGCAAUUUAAAAAUUCCAAUAUGGCCUCCAAACAAACUUCGGUAGCUGAUACCAGAGCGGAACUAGCUGAAUUAGUAAAAAGAAAGGCUGAAGUAGCUGAAACUUUGGCUAAUUUAGAAAGACAAAUUUAUGCUUUUGAAGGCUCUUAUUUAGAAGACACACAACUUUAUGGAAAUAUUAUUAGAGGCUGGGACAGAUACCUCACAACAAAUAAGAGUACUAAUUCCAAGGCUGACAAACGUAACAGAAAAUUUAAAGAGGCAGAAAGAUUGUUCUCCAAGUCUUCCAUAACAUCUAUUGCUGCUGUUAGUGGUCUUGUUGAUCCUGCAGAAGCAAAAAAUGACAGGAACAGUGAAACAGAAUCUCAAACAAAUGAAGACUCAUCUGAUACUCAAAUCAGCUCUGGAUUGAACAUUGGAAGUAUGAAUCACACAACUAUACAUGGCUCUUCAGAGAGCAUUGCAUCAAAACCAGCUGGUAAACAAAACACAAAUGGCAUUGAGAAAGCAAUCAGUCAUUCUUCUCAAAUAAAACAAAGUGCUACUCAGAAAAUAGCAACAUCAUCUGGAAUGCUACAGAAAGCUUUUAGUGGUGAUAACAAAAUACUAUCAGUAGUAGGAUUAGACGGUAGACCAGGCACACCAAAAGAUAAAGACUCCAGUAUGAGCAUAAUGGCCAAAGGUGAUUCUACACCAAAUUCUUUAAAACACAAAAUAUCCAGUAACAGCACCAAUAGCAGUAAUAUAAAGAAAAGUAACAAUAAAAAAGCAAGACAUAGAUAAAUAAUUAUUUUAAAAUGGCAUAAAGAAUCUGUUUAGAUUUAUGAGAAAAAUGUGCCUAUGAAUUAAGGAACUGUCAAAUAAAAUACUGUUCAUAUUGUAA